GAACUGUUGUGUGAUGCAAUGGCCUGUCAUGCUUAUAUCUUACCAUGAGAUAGAUUGGCAUCCACAUAAAUGAUUUUGGUCAGUAUGAAAGAAUGACACACAUUUGUUCUAAAAGCAAGUGUUGGUUAUACGCCAUGUCAGUAAAUUGGAGGAGGAGGUUAGUUGAGGAGGAGCUGAUUUCCAAAGCUGGUUGAAUUGCUGAUGGUCUCUUUUCCAAUGUGAAAAAAAUAUAUAAAAGUAAAAGUCAGUUUUCAAAACACUGUAAAAACCAAAUAGUGGACGAUUUUUCCUCUAGACUUAAGGAAUGGUGUUGACAAGUCCUAAAAUGACAAACACCAUCUUUUAGCACCGCAGGAUUUGCUGUGUGUUCUGCUUUUUGUUUCUGUUUUGUGGACCUUGCUUGUCAUAGGCCAUAUCACGAAUGGUAAUGUUUGCCUAUUACCUUCUUCUCAACAGUGAUGAAAAUAAUAUACAUCAUUUGGCUACAAGACUUUGGCCACAUGGGGGCGGCAAAUGCUGACGGAGUCAGAAUUUCGCCGGUUAGGUUGAUCUACAAAUGUGAAAAAAGUCCCUAACAUCAACUUCAGCAGUCUUAUUUAAUCCUUAACCGAUGUUUGCUGAAACGAUAAUUACUUAAUGAACUUAACAACCUAAUGUAUAUUGCACCAAUGAAAAUACUGGUCUCAAAUAUGGCACAACUAAGGCUAUGCUAAAUUUAAAAAAGAACGGAAUACCUAGCGAGGCAUUCCACUACAAAUGCCCAUUCUCGCUUUAAAACGCUCUAUGUUUGAAGCUGAGUGGGAUCUACCUAUGGGUUAGAAAAAUCAGCAGAACACGAGUGAAGAUUGCAAUAUUGGAAGAUUAGCACCAUUAGCCCGCACUGAGACGUACAGUUGAAUUCAUUUAAAUCUCUGUGGUACCUCAUAAUGUGCUCCCCUCCCCCACCGUCGCGGGCCGCGGCAACUUCUCGACUACUUGAAGUGAUGUUCAGCCAUUGGAAUGCUUCAAAUCAGCAGUAGCUACAAACAACUUACAUUUAUUUAUCAGGCUACCUAUUUGCUCGGAAUACGUUGCAAAGAUCACCAGGACGCACUGCUGUAGAGGGAGGCGCAGUCAUACGCCUGCUCGCGCGAUUGUCUCAACGCGGAGAGGAGAGACCAAGAUGCCCUUCUUCAACAACAUCUACUACCCCUAUCAGGCAGACAGCCAGGGUGCUCAAACAUCUGUAGGGAUAUCCUCGCUGCUGAACUCUCCACAGAGCCAGCAAUCCAGCAACAGCCAGCAAACCGCCUCUGUGGCUACCAUGUCAACCUCCAUGCAAGCCUCAGCUGCUGUGCCGCUCCCACCCUUCAGGUUCCGUUUGCAGCGUGAGAGUGUGGACUGGCGGCGCAUCGGUGCUCUGGAUGUGGAUCGUGUGGCCAGUGAGCUGGACUUCCAGACCCUACAGGAGCAUAUAGCAGGUGUAACGUUCUGCAGCAUAGAAGCAGAGAGGUGCCAGCGCUGUCAGGCCCCAGUGGAUUCAGCAGUACUCAAGCUUUUCCGACUGUCACAACUGACCGUGGAGUACCUGCUACACUCACAAGACUAUCUGAGCCUGAGCCUGCAGGCUGCCGAGGAGAGGGUCCAGGCAGAGCAGCGGGAGAAGGAGCAGAUACACCUCAUGUUUCAAAAGCACGCUGAUGAACUGAAGACCCUUAAAGAUGAACUUAAGCAGAGGAAAAAGAUCAUCACAUCGCAGCAAGCCAUGAUCAGCACUGGCAUUGCAGGCUACAACAAGUGCCAACACUGUGACAAAGCCUUCAUGAAUGCCACGUUCCUGCACAGUCACAUGCAGCGCAGACACCCAGACGAGUAUGACUUCAAACUUCUGACAGACACCCAGAAGAAAGUGCAGUCUGUGCGUUUCCAGGAGGAGAUCAACAAGCUGAAGGAGCAGCUCUCUCUGACGCGAUCUCAGCUCGAGACACAGCAGCAGGCCUGUGUGGCCAAGGCUGCUCAGGAAAAAGACCUGAGUGAGAAACAGGAGGAGCUCAAGCAGGACCUAGAGAAAUGGAAGGCGGAUGAGAAGAGGAGCAUGAACAGACAAAUAGACGAAAUCAGGGAGAGCUGUCAGCGAGAUGUACAUUCACUUUACCAGAAGAACGCUCUGCUGGAGAAGCAAUUGGCAAAGGUCCAGGAGACCAACCUUGUGCUGGGGGUCAGAGUUGACCUUGAAGAGAAGAAGAGGACUCCACACAAAGACACUAAGAAGAGGAGCACACGCCCAGACACGCUUGAUGGGGGCACAUACAUGCUUGGUGAGGUAGUCAAACACCAGCAGGAAAUCCUCAAGCUUGAGCACCAGGUGCAGACACAGGAAGAGAAGUGGUCAGCCAGAUUGCUGAAAAUCCAGAAGGAACAUGAGACGGUGAAGAAUCAGCUCAGUGAGGACUUGCAACACUUACAGAAAUGUGUGAGUGAGCAGAGUUGCAGACAGAUGGAGCAGCCAGGCACUCAGCUGCUGAAGGAGCCUCGCCAUCAGGCCACGCAGGUGAAGCAGGUGUCUGCAAGCCCUCCCACUAUUGUCGUGAAACAUGAAGCCCCUGGCCCAGAGCCCAAAGCCAAGCCACUCAUGCAUGAGCCCCCUGUGGUGCUCCAUAAGCUGGACCCCAUAGUGGAGCUCUCAGAGGAGGAGAGAGACUCUUCAAGUAAAUCGGACAGCACAACUAUUGUACGAGAAGUUCAGGAGAGGGUGAAGGAGUUCCUGAAAAACCCAGGAGCUAAGCGAGAGAUGAGAGAGAUCGUGGAGCGGAGUCUUUGGGAUGAGCUUCACUCUCUGGGCAUUAGACCAGAAACCCAAGGCCUUUGUAAAGGAGAGUAUGAGCGAUUAAUGAUGGAGGUCCAUCAGAAGAGGAGUGAGCUGGUGAAGGACACGCCUCAGUGUCAGCGCCUGCGACUGGAGCUCUCACACAGCCUGGACCAGAGGGUGAAGGACAGACUGGCAGGCUACAGCUCUGGCCCAGAGAAGCAACACAGAACCAAAGACACUCCAGUGGCCUUGUCCAGGACCAUGUACAGCAGUCUGCCCUCCAAAGGAAGCCGACUGGUCUCAGAUGUUCCAGCCAAACAGUUGCAGACUCCUCACGCAUCCCACCGCAGCAGCACCAAAGCCCUGCCCCACACCUCCACCCCUAAGACUCCUGAGUUCAGUUCAGAUGAUGAUUCUGAGGAGGGGUUGGUGCCCCAGAGUCUGAGCGGCUCCUUGAUUAGAACUCAGCCCACGCCCGUCCCCAGGGGGAACAUCCCACAGGUGGUGCUUUGCCAAGAGCGCUCUGGUCCUUGGGAGGAGGAGGAUGGGGAAUGGACAGAGGGCAGCGAGCUGGAAGAGAUUGACCUUAAGCAGCCACAGCAUUCCAGUCCGGUGGCCCAGAAUGCAUCUGGAAAGAAGGCUCAUGGUCAUCAUGUGAAAGACUUAACAAGGAGCCUUGAGAAUCAACUGGCUGACCGAGGACCACCUAGACUAGCAGGGAGCGUGAACACCAUAAAUACUGCAAAUUCUUUUGGGACCAACAAGAACUCAUCCAAAAGAAAGGAUGUUGUAGAAGAACACAAGUACAAGGAUGCUGAUGAUGAUGAUGAUGAUGAUGAUGAUGAUGACUGGGAUAUCUCAUCACUGGAUGAUGUUUCCAAGCCUACUUCAAGCCUGAACAUUGUACAGAAGACUCUCGACUCGACUAGCACAAGUGUGUGGGGUCCCUCCACCGGCCACACCCCAAAACCUGGACUCACGGAGGCUGGCACGGGCAGCACCCUGAAGAGUAGCCUAGUGUCUUUCAGUGACUGGAGUAGUUCGGACGAUGCAUAGGUUAUAUUUCUUAUAAACCAUUUGCCAUUGUUAUAUGGGUUAUACUCAGCCACCCCCACCCCCUACACACACACACACACACA